UCCAUCUCUCUCUUAUACUGAUACAUUUCUCUCUCUCUCUCCGCCACAUCUUCCGCAGAGAGAGAGAGAGAGAGAGCAAUGGCGGAGAGUUUGGUGCUGAGGGGGACGAUUAAGGGGCACUCCGACACCGUGACGGCGAUUGCGACGCCGAUCGACAACUCGGACAUGAUCGUCUCCUCCUCGCGUGACAAGUCUGUCCUCGUCUGGACCCUCACUAAGGAGGAAGGCUCGAACUACGGCGUUCCUCGCCGCCGUCUCACCGGCCACUCUCACUUCGUCCAGGACGUCGUCCUUUCCUCCGAUGGCCAGUUCGCCCUCUCCGGCUCCUGGGACGGCGAGCUCCGUCUGUGGGACUUGAGCACAGGCUGUACCACCCGUCGCUUCGUUGGCCAUUCCAAGGACGUGCUCUCCGUCGCCUUCUCUGUCGACAACCGCCAGAUCGUUUCCGCCUCACGCGAUCGCACCAUCAAGCUCUGGAACACUCUCGGCGAGUGUAAAUACACGAUUCAGGACGCCGACAGCCACACUAAUUGGGUCAGCUGCGUCCGGUUUUCCCCGAACACCUAUUCUCCCACCAUUGUCUCCGGAUCCUGGGACAAGACCGUCAAGGUGUGGAAUCUCACUAACUGCAAGCUCAGGUGCACCCUCACUGGCCACACCGGCUACGUCAACACCGUCGCCGUCUCCCCCGACGGGUCUCUCUGCGCCAGCGCCGGCAAGGAUGGCGUCACCCUCCUUUGGGACCUUGCAGAGGGGAAGCGUCUGUACUCCCUUGACGCCGGCGGCAUCAUCCAUGCACUGUGCUUCAGCCCCAACAGGUACUGGCUCUGCGCCGCAACCGAGGACAGCGUUAAGAUAUGGGAUCUAGAGAGCAAAAGCAUCGUGCAGGAGCUCAAGCCUGAUAUCACCGCCGGAAAGAAUCAGAUUCUGUACUGCACUAGUUUGAGUUGGAGCUCAGACGGAAGCACACUGUUCACUGGAUACACAGAUGGUACAAUCAGAGUGUGGGGAGUAGGCCGCUAUUAGACACAAUUCUGCUAGUAGAUAAGAGAAUUUUGUUUUUCACAUUGUAGUGAGAACCAGCAAUGUUUUUUGCGUUGUAGGAAGGAGAAACAAUGCUUUUCUUAUUCUGUUGGCAAGGCUGUUUUUUUGGCUACAGAAUUUGGUCUGUUUCUUGGUUAUUCUACAAUUCAUCUCUUAAAUUUUAUAAUUCUGUUUGGAUGUUA